AACCUCCACAGUCCACCAUGAAGGGGAGCAGCACUUUCCUGCUGGUGGCCCUCGGCUUGCUUUGCACCAGUGGACUGGCCACAGGGGAGGACAACAAUGAGUUUUUCAUGGACUUCCUGCAAACGCUGCUGGUGGGGUCCACAGAGGAUCUCUAUGAGGGGCCCCUGGGCAAGUACGACGUCAAUGCAGAUGCCAAGGCAGCGCUGACAGAGCUCAAGUCCUGCAUAGAUGGCCUGCAGCCUGUGCACAAGGCGGAGCUGGUCAAGCUGCUGGUGCAAGUGCUGGGCAGUCAGGACGACGCCUAGUGGACCCCAGUCGUGGCUCCAAGUAGCCACAGGACCAGCUACACAAGCGGCCAUGGCGACGCCACCUCUACCACUUCCCGAGGCAUGAAUUUAUCCUCAAGCCACUCAUCCAAUAAAGCCUCCUGU